AGCGGAUCGAAUCCAUGUUAAAGAAGAUCAGUAAAGAGUUGAGUUACGAGCGAUGCAGAGCCACUCGAUUGGAGCACACUGGACGAGACGUUUAUGCAAACGCAGCAACGACAACUAUGGCAGUGACACUCAACGACGCCACGAUCGCGUUGGACUUAGUCGUAGUUUUCGGUGCGUCAGUCGUGGCUGUCGUGGCAGGGGUGGCCGUCGAGGUCGCUUCCGUUCCCUUCUUGGGAGCACCCUUGGAUGUAGGCCUGUCUCCUGCCAGCUUCUUGCCGAGUUCCAAGAACUCUUCGAACUUGAGGCUGAAGCUGCCUGUGUCGAGAGCCUUCCCGCUGCCGUCCAAGCUGUGAAAGUCGCACGCGGGCUUGACAGCCUUGAUGUCAGUCACAAUCUUCGCCCACCACUCUCGGCAAGUCUUGGCCUUCAACACUUUUGCCAAGUCUUCGCCGGAAAUACUCGUCGCCGUCAGGGGUAUGCCUGUUUCGGUCGAGCACGCCUUGGCGCCGUGGUUCGUCGCGGAUUCGGUCAGGAUCGUGCUCACAGUCGUGCCACACUGUUCCAAGCUCUCUGGGGAAGCGACAGCUGUGAUGGUACCAUUUCCUGCCUUUCUUAGCGCUUUCUGGGUCACGUGCAAGAACUCCGUGUACUUCAUGUGGAAUUUAUCGGUAUUCACAUGUUUGCCACUUCCGUCAAACAGGGGGAACUUGCACGCAGGUUCAAUCGAGUUGAUUUCUUUGACGAUCCCUUUCCACCACGUGUUGCAUGCCUUGGACGCCAGCGCCUUCUUGACAUCUUCGUCCGACACGGUCGUCGCGGAGGUUGAAAUGCCAGUCUCCUUGUGACACGCGACAGAAUCACUGUUCGUGGCCGCCGUUGUGAGUACUCCCGUGACGGCAGCUCCACACUUUUCUAACGAGCUAGCCGACGCCACCGCAACAAGGGCGGCAACACUGAAGGAGAAGGUCUUCAUGAUGUAGAGAUCGAAAUGGACACUGC